AUGUUCCGCUUCGUCCCGCCGCACUUGCCGGUCGACGCCAGCAAUUCGGGCCGAGUGGUGUUGACAGGCGUGCGAAACCAGCGGACGCUGUGCGAGGAGGAGCCGACGACGGCAGCGGCGGGCUACGGCUGGGAGUGCGCGCGGGAGCGGAGCGAACUCCUCGCCGAAGUGAUCGGCCGCUGCGCGGAGAGGGCCGACGGAGGCGCGUCGUCCACGGCGUGGCCGCUGCAGCGACGGCGGCGGGUGCUGACGGAGCUGAGGGCCGAGGCCAGUAAGCUGUCGGUGGUCGACGCCGAGGGUUUCGUCCUCUGCGACCAGCGAUACUCGCGCAUCGGGCUUCCCUCCCUCCAAUUCGCAGCGCUCAGCGAUCUGUCGCCGUUCCACUACCGGUUCGUGAAGCAGCCAUUGAUGCUGGCCGUGGUUCGCGCCUCCUUCCACGACCAACAGCGCUUCACCGAGCACUACCCCGAAUGGCGGGAGUGGUUCGAGUACGUGUCCGACAAGCUGCGCGAUUUUGCGCGCACGGUGGGUGCCUACUACGGGGCCAACAUGCAGCGACUGAGCGACAGGGAGCUGGCCCAGCGGCUCAAGCAGCUCAGCAAGCCCCUCCAGUCCCAGCGCAAGCAUCUGUGGAAGCAGCGCAAGCGCAACCAGAAGCAAAAGGCCGACGCUCACUCCGAGCCCGAGCCCGAGGCGAGCGACAACACCGACCGCAGCGCACCCAUCGAGCGAGGACCCGACACGGGACCUGACAAUGACGACGACAAGCGCAUCAGGCAAUUCGGCGACCUCUCGCGGCUCUUCUGGGCCAUUCGACGGCGCGAGCAGCACAGUAGCAACGUCGGGAGCGACCCCCAGGAGGUUGCGGUAAGUCUCGCGGUGUUGGAGUGCCUGGUGGGCUGGGAGGGCCGUACGGACGGCCCGUUCACCCGCAAGCUCGAGGAGUGGCUGUGGAAAGCCGACAACAGCGCCGCCGUGACGAGCGACAAGGACAAGCUUGUGCGCAUGCGCCACGCCAGCCACCGCCCCACUACCCUCCUCCGCCGCGCGGAGGAGCCCUGA